UUUCUCGAUAUCUCCCUUUCGUAGGCUCUGGAUUGACUGCAUAUGGUGAGUCACCCACUCUGGUGAUUCUUAUCUUUGCAUAUAGUUGAUGGCUAUCUUAGCUGCACUGCGUGUCGGUGGUCCAUGCCCCCCUAGUUUGGCGGAAAAUAUUAUUCAUAUUUUAAGUAUCGUUGCUGCGGAAGGCCUGCUAGUUAUUCGGACCUGGGCAUUCUGGCAAAAGAGCAAAAAAAUGCUGAUUGGAUUAUUGAUUUAUAGCACCGCCACAGUAAUUGGCGCCGUUGCUAUGAAUGUCCUUCCUAAUCACCAGUUGAUUUCAACAGAUGUAUCUAUGAUACCCGGCCCAUGCGGCUUUGAGUCGUCAAGAAACUCUGCACUGGUAUAUACUAUAUUGGCACUUUUCGAAUGUGUGAUACUAGCCCUUACUGCGUAUAAGUGGUUCCGCGACUACCGAGACUCGGAAAUUCAGAGCUCGAUCGUAACCACCGUCUACGGCGGUAGCAUGCUUUAUAUGCUAUGUAUCAUCGCCAUCACAGUGACCAACGUGGUUGUCGAUGCAGCAUUUCCGGUUGGCUUCACAAAUCUGUUUGAUACGUAUGUCUCCGGUUAAAUUGAUAUCGGCUGCCAACUACGAACUGACUGCAUUUAGGCUACAACUUGUCAUUCAUAGCGUCCUAGCCUCGCGGAUUCUAUUCCACCUUCGGAGCAGCGACAGUCAUGCCCACGAGACAGAUAUACCAUUGAUUUCGGCUCCCUGCUACGGACAACCUUCGCAAAUACAGACGAAGGAG